AUGAAGAAAAAUGCUACUUCUAGGGCUAUGUAUGCCCGAGUGAAAGAGCUAUUCGGCGAUAAUAGUAGCACCGUUAACGUUGUUGAUGGAUAUGGACAGACUCCGCUGUAUUAUGCAGUACAGAGGAAGCCUGAUCAGGACGCACGGGAGCUCACUAGAAGGCUCAUUGAGGAGUUCGGUUUGGAAGCCAACCAUAAGGACCAGAUGCUGCAGACUCCUCUGUUCUAUGCUGCUCUAGUGGGAAACACGGCUACUUGUGAAUUGUUAGUGGAUAAGGGCGCGGAGGUCGACCCGUUGGAUACGAAUAAACAGACUCCAUUGUUUUACGCGGUGAGGGAAGGACACUUGCAUUGCACUCGAGCGCUGGUUACGGUACAUGGGGCAAAGGCUGAUAUAGUGGACCAUACUGGACAGCCACCUCUGUUCUAUGCGGCGAGGGAGAACCGCGUGGAGAUGUGCAAGAUGUUGAUUGAGGAGCUUGGAGUUUAUGCGGCCCAACGUGAUGCGAAGGGGAAAGACGCGAAGUUCUUCGUCAAGGACAAUGACAUGCUGUACGAAUGGGAAGGGUUGCUCUAG